UAUAAUAGUAGGAUGCAAUAAUAGAACAUUUCGUAAAUCUAAAAAACAAGAAAAAAUAGAGGAAAAACAAAAAAUAACAUUUCAUGCUUUCCCAAACAAUAAAAUAAGACGAUUAUCAUGGUGUGCAGCAUUAAACAUUCCGGAAAAUUCUGUAAAGCAAAAUGCAGUCAUAUGCUCCAUGCAUUUUCAUUCCAAAGAUUUCGACAAAUCAUCAUUAGUGUAUGUAAAAUUAAAAGCAGAUGCAGUUCCACAUAUACCUUCAGAAAUAUCAACAAUUGAGCAAGAAUCUUUAUCAGUAAUGAAUACAAAGAGAAUACGUGAAGAAACAUUCUUGGUUGGGAUACAGCCGCUUUUAUGCAAUGAAACAAUUACUGAAGGAAGUGUGGAAAGAAGUGAUAUAGCUGUUGUUGGCUCAUCACCCUUGAAAGAAUCUAAAUUUACUGCAGUAUCUCCAAGUAGAAUCUAUAAUUCGCCGGAGAAUGUUAAAUUAAGGAAAGAAUUGAAAACAACAAAGGAACAUUACAAAAAACGGUUGAAAGUUUUGAGCCAAAAAGUGAGACGUAUGAAAAAAAGGAUGACUACUAUGGAAGCUAUAUUUAAAACGUUAGGUGAAAAAAGAUUGUUACGAGCAAUUGUAUACUUUAAAAGACACAUUUUGAACAUCCCAUUUGAUCCCAUUUCAAAGCAUAAAAGUGCAUGUAUUUUGGAUCCAUGCCAUAUGCUUAAGUUGGUACGAAAUACUUUGUAAAUAAAAAUGGGGAGGAUAUAAAAUGGGAUUAUAUUGUUGCUCUGCAUAAACUUCAAGAAAAUUAAGGAUUGCAUUUGGGAAAUAAAUUGCAGAAAGAGGACACAUAGAAUAUCAUGAAAGAAAAAUCAUUGUCUGUCUUUGUCUAACGGACCGAUAAUCAUGGACAUUGGGAAGAUUCGAACCAAAAAAUCGUGGACAUUACCGAUACGAUCGUGGACAUUGGCUACAUAGUUCAAUGUCCACGUUUAGUGGACAUAGAGGCGCUUCAAAAUAAAUUAACAGCUAAAUCCCGGGCAUGACACGACCGCUCUCAGGCUUCUCUCUAGUAUU